AUGGCGCCCCGGCGUCGACCACUGACCUCCUUCGGCCUUCUGGCAGUGGCUGGAUGGCUGGGCCGUGCCUUCGUCGCCCCGGCCGGGCCUCCGUCGCGGCCACCAGCGCGCAGAGCGGCCGGUGCGACGGUGCUGGAGGUGACCCCGACUGUGGCUUUGCCAGAUGAGGCCCAUGCCGUUUCGGAGAAGGCCGUCCUGGACUUUUUCAACGUGACCUUGGACAGGGGCCUGUCACCUGAGCAGGUGAAUCAGCAACUGAAUCAGUAUGGUUCAAACCAACUACUGGAGCAGGAGAAGAAGUCACUAUGGGAACUGGUGGCAGAGCAAUUUGAUGAUUUGCUGGUUCGCAUCCUGCUUCUCUCUGCUUUGGUGUCCUUUUUGCUGGCCUACUUCAACACUGAUCAGAAAGAGGAAGGCUUGUCUGCUUACAUCGAGCCUUUGGUGAUCCUGAUGAUCCUGGUGCUGAAUGCGUGUGUGGGAGUCUGGCAGGAGUCCAAUGCAGAGAAGGCACUGGACUCGCUGAAGAAGCUCCAGAGCGACACCGCCACAGUGCUGCGUGGCGGACGUUGGGGACAGAUCGAUGCCACGGAGGUGGUGCCUGGGGAUGUUUGCGAGGUGAAAGCAGGCGAUAAGGUCCCCGCGGACAUUCGCCUAGUGCGUCUCAAGACCACCACGGUGCGGGCGGAGCAAAGUCAACUCACUGGAGAAACCCAAAGUGUGAUCAAGGAUCCUGAGGUGGUCGACGAUCCACAGGUGGUGCUGCAAGGCAAGAACAACAUGCUCUUCGCCUCGACGACCAUCUCCAACGGCGCCUGUGUGGGCUGUGUGGUGGCUACUGGGAUGUCCACGGAGAUCGGUGCCAUCCAGGGCGCGGUCACCGAAGCUGCGGGCGAGAAGGACCCGACACCCUUGCAGAAGAAGCUGGAUGAGUUUGGAAACACCUUGGCAAGAAUCAUCUUUGCGAUUUGCGUCAUUGUGUGGCUCAUCAACUACAAGCACUUCUUUGAUCCGGUCCACGGGUCCUUUCUUCAAGGCUGCAUCUAUUACUUCAAGAUCGCAGUGGCCUUAGCCGUGGCCGCCAUCCCCGAGGGCCUUCCUGCCGUCGUGACCACGUGCCUAGCGCUGGGCACCCAACAGAUGGCCGAGCGGAAUGCCAUCGUGCGCAAGCUGCCCUCGGUGGAAACCUUAGGAUGUACCACAGUCAUUUGUUCGGACAAGACCGGGACAUUAACGUUGAAUGAAAUGUGCUGCACCAAGCUGGUUUUGCCGGAAAGUGCGGAAGAAAUGAGGGCCUUCACAGUGGACGGUAAUGGGUACUCGCCCAUCGGCGAAGUGAAGGACUUCCCAAUCGACUUUGAGCGGCACAAGGCGCUUGGCUUUUUCUGCAAGGUGGCUGCCCUUUGUAACGAGUCGCGGCUGAGCCUGGAAGGCGGCGCCAUUGUGCGCACCGGGGAGCCGACAGAGGCUGCUUUGAGAGUCUUGGUGGAGAAGCUGGGAUGCCCAGAGGAGCAGAUGGCGACUGCACAUCUGAAACAAGAGAGAGAUCGAGACAGCAUCAUGGUCUUCAAUGACUAUUGGCGACAAAAUGUAGAGAAGCGGGCUACACUGGAGUUUGCCAGAGAUCGCAAGUCGAUGAGUGUUCUGUGCAACGAUCCCAAAGUGCAAGCAGAGAACCUGCUCUAUGUGAAGGGUGCCCCAGAGAGCAUCCUGGACAGAUGCUCCAGCAUCAUGCUGCCUGAUGGAACCUUAAAACCUUUAUCCGAGAAUGCCCGGCAGGCAGUUCUCGGAAAAAUGCUGGACAUGGCAGGCGAAGCGCUCAGGACCUUGGCCUUGGCGGUGAAGUUUGACUUGAAGGAUUCACAGCUGCAAGACUACGAUGGCCCCACUCAUGUGGGCCAUUCCAAACUUUGCGAUCCUUCGAACUUCGCUCAGGUGGAGCAGAACAUGGCCUUCCUGGGCAUGGUGGGCAUCAUCGACCCUCCGAGACCGGAAUGCAUGGAUGCCAUUACCGCCUGCAAGGAGGCGGGUAUCAGCGUCUUCAUGACCACGGGCGACAACAAGGCCACGGCCGAGGCCAUCAGUCGGCAGCUGGGGAUCCUGUCUCCUGACUCAGACCUGUCGGUGAAGUCCUUGGGGGGCCGUGAGUUUGAAGAAAUGCCCGAGGCCCAACGGGCGCAAGUGCUGCGACGGAUGAUGGCGGACCGCGGCAAGGAGGGCGCCGUUUUCUCACGGAUGGAGCCGAAGCACAAGCAGAUCGUGGUGAAGAUGUUGAAGGAGCAGGAUGAGAUUGUGGCAAUGACCGGGGAUGGCGUGAAUGAUGCGCCUGCCUUGAAACAGGCGGACAUCGGUGUGGCCAUGGGCCUAGGUGGCACUGAAGUGGCCAAAGAGGCCUCGGACAUGGUCUUGGCGAACGACAACUUCUCCUCUAUCGUGGCCGCUGUGGAGCAGGGCCGAUCGAUCUUUAAGAACAUGAAGGCAGUGAUCCGCUACCUGAUCUCCUCCAACAUCGGAGAAGUUGCCUCAAUCUUCCUCACUGCUGCUUUGGGAAUCCCCGAGAGCUUGGCGUCGGUGCAGCUCUUGUGGGUGAACCUGGUCACGGAUGGCCUGCCCGCGACCGCCUUGGGCUUCAACCCACCGGACGAGGGGGUCAUGUCGGAGCCGCCUCGGCGGAAGGAUGAUGGUUUGAUUUCAGGCUGGGCGCUCUUCAGAUACUUGAUGAUCGGUCUAUAUGUGGGCUUGGCCACGGUGGGCGUCUUCAUCUACUGGUUCACGGCAGACCCCGAACCGGGCCACACCCUGGUUUCGUUGGAUCAGCUCAUGAAUUGGGGUGUUUGUUCCUCUUGGGAGCCCAGCUUUUCAGCAGUGCCUAUGAUGGGUUUGGACUUCUCAGCCGAUCCAUGCAGCUACUUCACUGUCGGGAAAGUCAAGGCAGCUACGCUCUCCAUCACGGUCCUGGUGAUGAUCCAACUGCUGAACGCCUUCAAUGCAGUCUCAGAAGAUGGCAGUUUGCUGACCCGCCCCCCAUGGCUCAACCCAUACUUGGUGACAGCGUGUGCGAUUUCCGCGGCCCUGCAUUGCUUGAUCCUUUACACACCCUUGGCGCAGAUCUUCGGGGUGUGCCCUUUAGAUGCGCAUGAUUGGGUGCUGGUUGCGGCUUUCUCACUUCCCGUGCUGAUCCUGGACGAGCUCUUGAAAUAUAUCAGCCGCCAGCGGAGUGAGGACUCAUCCGACUAA